AUGCCUUUCCGUGAACGAACUCGGGAUUCUUCCGUCGCUGGUCGACAGCAAGAUCAAUGCCCACAAAUCCGAGGAGGAUGGGAAAAACUCGUAUCGUAUCUCAUUUGGCCACACUGGUGUAUAACAAGACUAAUUCGUUGGUUAUUUGGAGCAUCAUCACCUGAUCACCCUAUCCCUGAGAGCAGAUCAACAUGGGGAACAUGGGCUUUUUCGAUGAGAAAUCUUCCUAGUGAAGCUGCGAUUGCGCGGAUACCACUUCGCCCAAACCGCUACCACUUGGCCGGAUUGCGUGAUCAGGAGGAUAUGGCCCGCGAGUCUCAUGGCCAGCCUCACAGCCCCCCAACAGCAAGGAGCCUCGACUUCUCAAGUCUGGGAUAUGUUGAGAACGGGUAUUUCAUCCCACCCACAAGCCACUUUGACAAAAAUGGUCCUACCCGCUCUAGUAGUCAUAGGUCAAGCACCUCGGUUCACCCAAGUCAAGAUAAGGCUAUCCCCCUUACUGCAGAAACGGUUCGCUGGCCCUUCCUAUCCUCACCUUCUGAGGACGGUGAGGAAUCAGACGAAGAAUCAGAGAUCGAGAUGAAAGCUGUGACCCCAAUAGCUAAGCUGCCCGGAUCUUUUUUGCCCUCUUCUGAGCCCAGUGAUAAUUCAGAUCAAGAAUUUCAUGGGAGAAUAGGAACUGCGGCCUCACCGGCCAGGGUUUUUAUAAACCGUCGCAGAGACCUUCCGAUUACAGCUGGCGGCUUCUGUGAAGCUUUGCAGCUUCGCGCAUCAGUUGCUAGUGGCUUCCCUGCAGAGAACUUCUCUUCAGACCCUGUGAGAUCCUUGGACGCCUCAUCUCCUGCAAUUGAUGUUGCAUCUACAAUCGAGACCACCGGAGACCGGUAUGAGGGUGAAGAUGAGGAAGACGAAGACUAG